AUGGUACAUUACACAGUUGAUGAAAUUCGUAUCCUUAUGGACAAAAAGCGUAACAUUCGUAAUAUGUCUGUUAUUGCUCAUGUCGAUCACGGAAAGUCAACAUUAACAGAUUCUCUCGUGUGCAAAGCUGGCAUUAUUGCUCAACAAAAAGCCGGUGAAAUGCGUUUUACAGACACGCGUAAAGAUGAACAAGAACGUUGUUUUACAAUUAAAUCAACUGCUAUUUCACUUUAUUAUGAAUUACCAGCUAAAGAUUUAGCAUUUAUUAAACAAGAACGUGAACCAGAUCAGGCACAUUUCUUAAUUAAUUUAAUUGAUUCGCCUGGUCACGUAGAUUUUUCAUCGGAAGUUACAGCUGCUUUACGUGUUACCGAUGGUGCAUUGGUCGUUGUUGAUUGUGUUUCGGGUGUUUGUAUACAAACAGAAAUCGUAUUGAAACAAGCUCUUGCUGAACGAAUUAAACCAAUAUUAUUUAUGAAUAAAAUGGAUCGCGCUCUAUUAGAAUUACAGUUUCAACAAGAAGAUUUAUAUCAAACAUUCCAACGCAUUGUUGAAAAUGUCAACGUUAUUAUUGCCACCCACGGUGAAGAUGGCGGUCCAAUGGGUGAAAUUCGGGUGGAUCCAACAAAAGGUACAGUAGGCUUUGGCGCUGGCUUGUAUGGAUGGGCAUUUACAUUGAAAGAGUUUGCUGAAAUGUAUUCGGCGAAAUUUGAAAUUGAACCAGACAAAUUAAUGAAACAUUUAUGGGGUGAUAAUUUUUUCAGUCCAUCAGAGAAAACAUGGACAAAAUCUGGUGGUGAAGGUUACAUACGUGGUUUUAAUCAAUUUAUAUUAGAUCCAAUAUUUAAAAUAUUUCGUGCUAUUAUGGACGGUAAGAAAGAAGAAUGUUUAGCAUUAUUAGAAGAAUUAAGUAUUAAAAUAUCUGAUGAUGACAAAGAAAAAUUAGAAGAGGGUGGUAAACCAUUAUUGAAAUUAGUUAUGAAACAGUGGUUACCGGCUGGUGAUAUUCUAUUGACAAUGAUUGCUUUACAUUUACCAUCGCCAAUGGUUGCACAACGUUAUCGUGCUGAAUUAUUAUAUGAGGGUCCACAAGAUGAUGAAGCGUUUCUUGGAAUAAAAGGAUGCGAUCCACUUGCACCAUUAAUGAUGUACAUCUCUAAAAUGGUACCGACAUCAGAUAAAGGAAGAUUCUAUGCGUUUGGUCGCGUCU